AUGAACUAUUAUCUUGCUCUACUUCUUGCGCCAAUUGUCUUCACUCAAAUGGCUCAUCCACGAGGGCAUCAAGGUCAUCGACAAAGCCACGAAUAUUACAGUCACGAGCGACAUGGACAUCACAAUGUCCCUGAAAGAUGUCGAAUCACAAGAGAGAACUCUCAACAACCACAUGGAGCGAUUUGUUUACCGCAAGCAACCACCUAUUAUUUCUACGACAUUCGAGCAGAGGAAUGCCGAUCAGAAAUAAAUUGGAACAGCUGUCAACUACCAUAUCAAUUUUUAUCCAUUCAUGAUUGUGAACAUCAUUGUCGAAGGAGGCAU